UUAAGGUCUCGGAGAGGAGCGAAACGGAUAAAAAAUCAGACUGCAGAGCGGCAGACGUGACAGAAUUGCAGAGCGGCAGACGUGCACAGACCUGCAGACCUUGGAAUGGGAGUCCUUCGACCCUUCCUCUACCUGUCCCUGUCCGUGCAACACGCUUUUGAGUCUCACUUCUCCGUUUCAUCGUCUUCAGUAUCGCACUUCCAGCAACAAUGAAAGCUGUUACAUCACACACCGCUAUUCCAUUCACGCCGCAAUUCCUUCGGCCUCUGCGUCGCAAUGCUCCACCACCCAACCUUCCAUUUCUUACGUCUUUCCCUCGCUUCCUCCUCUCUCCUUCGAACCCUAAUCUCAAGGUUGCGCAAGUGAUGAACUUGGAUCUUCCGAUGAUGGGGAAUGGCGAGUUCGAUGAAGAUUUUGUGGUGGAGAGCUGCAUUGUCAGAAGUCUUUCUCCCGCGUUGACGUUGAAGCAGGGGCUUGAGAAGAUUAAGGACGCUGUUGAGGAGUUGAAGCUGAAUCCUCCUUGCUCUAGAAGUGGCCUAUAUAGGUUUCAGGUUGCUGUGCCCCCAAGUGCAAAAGCGAUGAAUUGGUUUUUCUCUCAACCUUUGUCGUCGGCAGUGUUUCCUCUGUUUUUUCUUUCCAAGGAGACGGAAAAUCUGAUCUUUAAAUCACUUUCUUUGGGGGGGACAUGUGGUGUUUUUGGAAUAGGUGCUGCAGUUCGCUUUACGUGUCCUUCUUUCAGUACAUUGGGAGGACAAAAUUCAUUUAAGAGAUAUCUCUCAAUUGAUUCAACCUGUGUAACGGCUUAUGGUUUUAUGAAUGCCAAUUUCAAUGAGGAGUCAUCUUCCAUGAGGCAUGAGGCUGGUUCAUUUUACAUUUUUAUUCCUCAGAUUGAGUUAGAUGAGGAUGAAGGCAUUUCUAUUUUAUCAGCCACACUGGCUUGGAGUGACUCUCCCCUUAGUACAUUUGAGGAGUCCAUUCAUUCUUAUGAGUUAUCUUUGUACCAGGCUCUUCAUUCUUUGUCCACCAUAGAGAGGUAUGACAAAUGCAUAAGAUCUACCCUCAGAAAGUUUGAUUUGGUGAAGGAUGCAACUUUCAAAAUGGUAUACAUGAAGGCUUCCUCACUGAGUGAAAAGGGUAUUGAGGCUGACCUAAUGGAGCUGGAGACUCCAUUUUCCUGUCAGUUCUGCAUCAGGCUUUCACCCACUGUUACUGCUGCUAGCAACAUGUUGGAUCAUUCCGGUGAAAGGACUUUUUCUUCACAAGACUAUGCUAACAUCAAUGCCUUGUGGGCAUCUCUCAUAAUUGAAGAAUGCACGCGGUUUGGUUUGAUGUAUUUUUGUGUAGCUCCAGGAUCAAGAUCAUCUCCCCUUGCUAUUGCUGCUUCCACUCAUCCCCUUACAACUUGUAUCGCAUGCUUUGAUGAACGCUCUCUUGCAUUUCAUGCUCUUGGUUAUGCAAGAGGAUCUCAUAAACCAGCAGUGGUCAUAACAUCAUCGGGCACUGCAGUAUCAAAUCUUCUUCCUGCUGUUGUUGAGUCUAGUCAAGGUUUUGUACCUCUUCUAUUACUUACUGCAGAUCGUCCUCCAGAGCUGCAUGAUGCUGGAGCUAACCAGGCAAUUAAUCAGGUCAAUCAUUUUGGUUCCUUUGUGAGGUUUUUCUUUGGUCUUCCUGUUCCCACUGAUCAUAUUCCUGCUCGGAUGAUACUUACCACACUUGACUCUGCUGUUUAUUGGGCAACAUCUUCACCAUGUGGCCCUGUUCAUAUAAACUGUCCUUUUAGAGAGCCCCUGGAAAAUAGUCCAAAAGAAUGGAUGUUAAGCUGUUUAAAAGGAUUAGAUUCUUGGAUGUCAAGUGCUGAACCUUUUACCAAGUAUAUUCAGUUGCAGCAUUCCCAUGCACCUGAUGAUUCUCAAGGUCAAAUGGCAGAGGUUAUAGAAGUGAUUCAAGGGGCUAAACGAGGUCUUUUACUUAUAGGUGCGAUCACUACAGAGGAUGAUAUUUGGGCAGCUCUUCUCCUGGCUAAGCACCUUUGUUGGCCAGUUGUAGCUGACAUCUUGUCAGGUUUACGGUUGAGAAAGCUUUCUACUUCUUUUCAAGAAAUUGAAGACAAUGUUUUAUUUCUUGAUCAUCUUGAUCAUGCUUUACUCUCAGAUUUUGUCAGGGUUUGGGCACAAGCUGAUGUCAUUAUUCAGAUUGGGAGUAGAAUAACGAGUAAACGUAUAUCUCAGAUGAUAGAGGAUUGUUUUCCAUGCUCAUAUAUCAUGGUUGACAAGCAUCCAUGUCGCCAUGAUCCUUCACAUCUCUUAACACAUAGGAUCCAGAGUACCAUCACUCAGUUUGCUGAUUGCUUAUGUAAAGCUCAGUUUCCACUUAUGAGCAGCAAAUGGAGUGUGUCUUUGCGGGCAUUGGAUAUGAUGGUUGCACAGGAGAUAUCAUCUUUGAUACAUUCUGAAAGUUUCUUGACUGAACCUUAUGUUGCACAUGUAAUUUUGGAAGCACUUACCUGUGACUCUGCCUUAUUUAUUGGGAACAGCAUGGCAAUACGUGAUGCAGAUAUGUAUGCGCGAAAUUCGGCUGACUGUACUCAUAGGAUUGGAGAUACAGUUUUGAGCUUAGGACUACCAUUUCACUGGAUACGGGUGUCUGGAAACAGGGGAGCCAGUGGUAUUGAUGGUUUGCUGAGUACUGCUAUUGGUUUUGCUGUGGGAUGCAAUAAACGAGUACUUUGUGUGAUUGGAGAUGUUUCUUUCCUUUAUGAUACAAAUGGAUUAUCAAUUUUAAGCCAAAGGAUGCGGCGGAAACCGAUGACAAUUCUUGUAUUAAACAAUCAUGGUGGGGCAAUCUUUAGUCUCCUUCCUAUUGCAGAGAGAACUGAGCGAAGAGUUUUGGAUCAAUAUUUCUACACCUCUCACAAUGUUUCUAUUGGCAAGCUUUGUUUGGCGCAUGGUAUGAAGCAUUUAGAAGUGCGGACAAAAAUAGAACUUCAAGAUGCUCUAUUUACAUCUCAACAGGAAAAUAGGGACUGUGUCAUAGAAGUUGAGAGCUGCAUUGAUUCCAAUGCUGCCUUCCACAGUACAUUGAGAAAAUUUGCAUGCCAAGCAGCAGACCAUGCUUUAAAUAUGCUUUCUAAGUUCUCAAUUCCAGAUUUCAUCUUCCAUGGUUCCUUUCUUUGCAAGAUCCAUGGCAUGGAAUACUCAAUAUAUAGAAUUCCUCUAUGUGCUCCACCAACUUCUGCUUCUGUCAAUUAUAAAACUACCACGUUUUAUAGAGAUGGCUUCAUUUUAAUUCUUUCUCUUGAGGGUGGACAUGUGGGAUUUGGUGAGGUUGCACCUCUUGAAAUCCAUGAAGAAGAUUUGCUAGAUGUAGAGGAGCAACUUCGAUUUCUUCAUCAUGUGAUUAAAGGAGCCAAAAUAAGUUUCUAUCUGCCUCUAUUAAAGGGCUCGUUUUCUUCUUGGAUUUGGAGCUGCUUGGGUAUCCCGCCAUCUUCAAUCUUCCCAAGUGUCAGAUGCGGUUUGGAGAUGGCCAUCCUAAAUGCUAUAGCUGCACAGGAAGGCUCAAGUUUAUUAAACAUUCUGCAUCCCUAUAAAGUUGAAGAAGAAAUAUCUGAAAGGUCAAAAAGAGUUCAGAUUUGUGCCCUUCUUGAUUCUAAUGGGUCUCCCUUGGAGGUUGCUUAUCUUGCCAAGACACUUGUUGAAGAAGGUUUUACUGCUAUAAAGCUAAAAGUAGCACGUCGGGCAGAUCCAAUUGAAGAUGCUACAGUCAUACAAGAAAUAAGAAAGAUGGUUGGACUACAGAUCGAGCUUCGUGCUGAUGCCAACCGAAACUGGACUUAUGAACAAGCAAUUCAGUUUAGCUCUUAUGUUAAAAAUUGUGAUCUGAAGUACAUUGAGGAACCUGUCAAGGAUGAAGAUGAUAUUAUUAAGUUCUGUGAAGAAACUGGCUUACCAGUAGCAUUGGAUGAAACCAUGGACAAAAUUGGAGAAACUCCUCUUCAAAAGCUUGCAAAGUUCUCACACUCAGGAAUAGUUGCUGUUGUUAUCAAACCAAGUGUUGUUGGUGGUUUUGAAAAUGCUGCAUUGAUUGCUCGAUGGGCCCAGCAACAGGGUAAGAUGGCUGUUGUCAGUGCAGCAUUUGAAAGUGGGCUUAGUUUGUCAGCAUAUAUUCAGUUGUCUAGUUAUUUUGAGCUGCAAAGUGCAGAGAUAUGCAAAUUGAUGAAUAAGCAACUGGUUCCAUCUGUAGCCCAUGGUCUUGGAACCUACCGAUGGCUUAAAGAAGAUGUAACUUUUGAACCUCUCAGCAUUAAUCGUAGUCAGGACAGUGGCUUUAUAGAAGCAUCUGUUGUUGAUGCUGAUCGAAUCCUGCAGAAAUUUCAGAUCAACCGAGAUACUAUCAUAAGAAUUUUUUCUGAGGAACAAGUUUACACUCAUCAGUUGGCUGUGGAUUCAGAUGGCUUCUCGUGCUUGUUGAAUGUUCAUGAGAUUGGAGCAAGCAUUGAGAAUGAUGUAGUUGUAUUUCUUCAUGGGUUCCUUGGAACUGGUGGAGACUGGAUUGCCACUAUGAAAGCCAUCUCAGGAUCUGCUAGAUGCAUUUCAAUCGACCUUCCAGGCCAUGGGGGGUCAAAGAUACAAAAUCAUGAUGGAAAAGAGGAUGUGCUAGAACCAAAUUUGUCGAUUGAGGUAGUUGCAGAUGUAUUAUAUAAGUUGAUUCAUUCUAUUACUCCUGGAAAAGUUACCCUUGUGGGUUAUUCAAUGGGUGCAAGGAUUGCUUUGUACAUGGCUCUGACUUCAAGCUUUAGUGAUAAGAUCAAAGGCGCUGUUAUUAUAUCUGGAAGCCCUGGACUAAAGAAUGAUGAAGCCAGAAAAAUUCGCAUGGUUAAAGAUGAUUCCAGAUCACAUGCCCUCAUCACUCAUGGCUUACAAAUCUUUCUAGAAAGCUGGUACUCUGGAGAGCUGUGGAAGAGCUUAAGAGGUCAUCCCCAGUUUAAUCAAAUAGUUGCCAGCCGUCUGCAGCAUAAAGAUGUACGGAGUCUAGCCAAAACUCUCUCUGAUUUGAGCAUUGGGAGGCAGCGGCCAUUAUGGGAGGACUUGAGGCAAUGCAGUACACCUCUUUUGCUCAUUGUUGGAGAGAAGGAUGGGAAGUUCAAGAGGAUUGCUCAGGAAAUGUGCUAUGAAAUUGGUCAUGGUACGAGUAAUGGAGAUGACUCCAGGAAAGAGAUUUAUGAAAUAGUUGAGGUUCCCAACUGUGGGCAUGCUGCCCACCUAGAGAAUCCUCUCCCUAUAAUCCGUGCACUGAGAAGAUUUUUGACAGGACUAGAAAACAGUUCAACACCAAAUGAAAGAGCUGUUCCCUUUCAUGGGUCAUGAAUGUGUCAACUCAUAGCAUCAUGUGAUACUAUUCAUGUUAAUUGGUGACAUGGUCUUGGUGAAAUAAUCAGAAAAAGUGUGAUGGCAUACUAUCAAGGCUUGGGUAUCUUCAUCCUCCUGUAAGUCACACUGAAUUCAUUUAUCUUGAUUAAUAUUACAGAAGAAGAUUUGUCUAGUUAAGAUGCAAGUAUUGCAUGUCAGUGGUCUCUGUCCAUGCAGCAUGCUGGGAAUACAAUUGCAGUUGGUAUUUCAUGAAUAACCUGUUAGCUUUUUUUGCCUUUUAACUUCACUAUAAUGUCCACUUUUUCUGUUGUAAUGAAUGUCUUUCAUUGAUGGCUCUUUUAGCA